AUUCAAAGUCUCCACAGCUGUAAAUCUGUAAACAAGUUUAAUUGAUUUGUUUAAUUUUCUCACAACAAUUAAUAUUAAUCAUUAUUUGUAUUGAUUAAUUGUCAUUUACUUUACAAAAUUAGUUAAUUAUCUUCUUCCCAAUUAACAGUUUGAAUGUUCUUUUGUGUGUUUCCAUCGUUUUUCGCUCAUUUUGGUCCUUUAAACCGACACGUGGGUUUCCCUUUUCUGUUGAUCGUUGGCUAAUUUGCUUUUGGUUUUGAAUUUUGUUUUGAGUUAAUUCAAUUUCUAGCUGAUGGAAUAUGGAAGCUUUAAUUCCUGUAAUCAAUGAGAUGCAAGAUAUUUUCAACACAAUUGGAGGUGAUACUUUACCGUUACCACAAAUUAAUCUUUCCAAUGAUCAGCUAAAUUCGGUUGUAAAUGAUUUUGAUCUAAUUUACACUGACGGUGAUGAAGGAGAAGAAGAUGAGGAUGAAAAAUUAACCUCAAUCGAAGGAGUUGAAAUAGAUGUUACAUUAGAUAAAAUUUGUAAUGUUCUUAGAAACGAUUUUCCUGAUCUAUGUACUUACGCAUUCUUCCUUCAAGAUAGACAAUUAUGUUUUGGAGAACCAAUAAUUGAUCAAGGUAAUCUAAUUGAUGGUGCCCGAAGUCAAACCAGUUUAAUUAAUUUGAAACUAAAAAUUGAACCUGAAACCAAGACGGUCACCAUAGUUGAUAUAUUAAAACCAGUUGAUGAUGACGAUGAUUAUGAUGAGGAUCGUUUAAUAUCAGCUAAUAAUGAAAAUAUUUUAAACAACUCUAUUAAUGUUAAUAAUAACAAUGGCAAUCACACCAAUUCAAAUAGUAAUCAAUCAAGCAUUGGUGGACAAGAUGGUGGACAUAAUGGUGAUGAUGAUUAUUAUGAUGAUAUUAUUUACAAUACACCAAAUACAACACCAAUACGUACACCAAAUAUGAAAACGUGUCUUUCAUUAAAGGAGAAAAAGUUAAUUGGUGGUGUUAAACGUAGCUCAUCUAAAUCAACAACAACAGCAAUUAAAACAAUAGAAUUGGACAAGAUUGAACCAUUCUCACCGGGUAACCGUUCGGGUAACAAUGGACAAAUUCAAUUAUGGAGAUUUCUUCUAGAACUUUUAACUGAUGCCGAUUAUCGUGAAUAUAUCCGCUGGGAAGGUAUCGAAGGUGAAUUUAAAUUUAUCAAACCCGAAAUGGUUGCUCAAUUGUGGGGACAACGGAAAAACAAGCCCACAAUGAAUUAUGAUAAACUGUCACGAGCUUUACGUUAUUAUUAUGAUGGUGAUAUGAUUGCCCGAGUUAAUGGUAAACGUUAUGUUUACAAAUUUGUCUGCGAUCUCAAAAGUUUAAUUGGUUAUGAUGCUCAAGAAUUGGAUGCCAUGGUUAUUGAUACACAAAUACGUCGAAAUAAUCGACUUUGUUGACAAUCAAUUAAAAUUUACCAUCAAUGGUUAAUCAUUAAUUUCACUAUCAUCAUUCAUCUUAAAAAGAAAACAAACAUAUUCUUUAAUUGUUUAAACAAUCAUCUUUUCUACGCCUGGAACAAUUAUUAAUUUAAAUAUUUCUAACAAAAUUAUGAAGUCAACUUGAUACACACUUAUAACUAAUUGAUCAUCAAUCAAUCAAUCAACAAUUUGGAAAGAAAUGAUACCUUUGAGACCUUUAAUUUUCUCUCUCAUUCUCUGUCGACUACUAUUUGUGAUGAAAAUUAUGCUAUUUAUCAACAAUCAACUUUCUAAUUGCGAAAAAUAAAGGGUCAAAAUACAUGGUGUUAAUUACAAUUAAACGAAAGCAAAAACAAAAGCAAA